GGCCGGAGUAGCAGAGCGGGGAAGCGGGAGCGGUGCGGAGCCCUCUUGGGAGCUGCUGCCCGUGGGAGGCUGUAGCCAGGCGGGGAUCGGCCGCUUCUCCCAAGGAACCAACUACAGGAGGAGAGAACACAGCCUGAAGCUGCAUCAGGGGAGGGUCAGUAUCUGAAGAUGGAAUUUAGAAUUGAACACACGUGGGAUGGUUUGCCUGUGAGCCAUGAGCCGGUUACAAUUGGGCUGAGGCCGGAUAAUGCGGGACUGCUGAUGGAAGUUCGUGCUCCUUUCUUUAAUGACCCUCCAGCACCACCCGGAGAGCCAGGGAAACCUUUUGGUGGACUAUGGGACUACGAGGUUGUAGAAGCUUUCUUUCUGAGUGGCAGAACUGAGGCAGUAUUUAGAAGUUUGAGCUUUGUCCCCAUGGGCAAGUACUUACUGCUGCUGCUUUCCGGCAGAAGAAAAGCAUGGAAAGAAGGACUUCCUUUGGAGUUUGAGGUGACCAGAGUGAAAACCAAAUGGGAGGGUAAAGCCCUUCUUCCUUGGAGUUAUUUUCCACCAUGUACUGACAAGUUCAAUGCGUUUGCAAUUCAUGGCUCGGGAGAAGAGAGAAAAUAUGAAGUGCUUUAUCCUGUGCCUCCACAUGAACUGCAGGAAGGACAGGAACCAGAUUUCCAUCGUUUGAAAUUUUUCAAAGACUUUAACCUGAAAGAACUUACAGGGGAAGAGUGGACUCUGCCUGAAUCAGAAAUAUGGAAAUCGCUCUCUAAGUGAAUGGAUUGAGGCAUAAAUUUUUAUAAUGUUGAAGUUGGCUGGAGCUGUAUGGCAACAGCUUCCUCAUUCUGAGCAGAGGUUGUAGAUACCAGAUUAGCAAGGCUUUUCUUGACACCAAAAUCAUGGAUCCAUCUGAAAAUCCACUGCAAACCAUGUGGAUCUGUUGAUUCUAAAUGUAUGAAUGGCUUGUGGUUCAAUCCAUCUGGGCGUGGAGUUUUUCAUCUGUGCAUGAGGUGAAUCUGCUGCUACCAGUGGAGGAAGAAAAAUGUGCUAAAGUUGCAGCUGUGUUUUGGUGAAAGCUCUGAAGUCUGACAAGGCCAAUACCUGGAUUGAAAUCUUUUGGUUUCUGAUAGUUGCUGCAUUUCUGCUGUAUUUUCAUUGCUGCUUGUUUGUUUGUUAACUACUGAAUGAGGUCCUUACGUGCCUAGAUUUUUUGCUCACAAUCAGGAGGAAGAAUGCCUCGUUCAGAAACAGAGAAGAAUGUAGAUAGAUUUUGGAGGCUCAGUACUUGCCCUGCAGGAGGUAUAACACUUUUUGCAGCCUUUUCCUGUAUGCUCCUGUGCCUGAAGCUUUCCCUUGCCUAAUGCUGAAGGGGAAACUUACUCUGCCUCGCAGACCUCUGUGUGGAGUUGGUAAUGUUGUUUAGGUGCAGAGAAUUGAUUUACAAAAGGUUUUAUGUAUUUCAGGUGAAGUUUCUGGGACGAAUCAUGCCUAGUAAAAUCUUUUGGUAUCGUUGUGUGCAUGCAGAAGCAGGUUUUUUCUAAGGCUUGUCACAUCACUUCAAGAAUUCAUCUCAUGUCUGAGAAAUUUUUUUGCAUGCCACUGAGGGCUGGAGAUGCUCUAGGUGUAUAUUUUCUAUGUUAUGGGCAUGAGUAAUUUUAACAAUAGUGAAUAAUUCUUAGGUUGCAACAUUUUAUCUGUAAACCCUCACAAGAUUUACAAUUUUUUUUGUUGUUGUUUUGUUUGUUUGUUUUUUUGGGAAUAGCAGUUGCUCCUUUUUUGUGGCUGCUGGUUUAAUCUUAUGUAAAUUAGCUUAGGAAAUGUCAAGCUUGCCCACUAAGCAGAUCCUUGCUAGUGUGCAGUAAUAAGCACAUUCUGAUGGUCCUGUUUUCUUUGCUGUCUUUCAGCUUAACUAUAGCUGUAAGUUACGCCUGAGAAGCAAAGAAGGUGGGAAUAUCCCACCUUUGUGAAGAACAUCUCAGUGUGGUUAAUGUAUCAGAUAGAAUAUUGGUUCACAGUUUUUGUUUAGCUUUAGAUUCUCCUUGUGCUUCUAGUUUUAUAAAACUGUGCUUUCAAAUUUGAAGAUAUUAGGGUUUUUCUGUGGCUUUGGCAUGUCCGUGCACUCAGCCAUCCAGUUGCUUUUGCUCUGUUUCAAUUAGACAAUAUAGAUUCCUUGCUGUAAAGUGCCAUUUGUUGAAAAUUGUAAGUAUUGUACAUUCAGUUGUUUCUUUCUACCUUCUUUUCUACCUUCUCUUCAUGUGCAGUUGUCUAAAGAAUAACAUCAGUCUGAAAUCUUGAAUAGUUCAUUAAAUGUUGAUGAAAGUAUCAUCUAGACAUUGAUGUCUCAAAGCUGCUCUGAAAAUUUUAAUCAAAACCAAAGCAGCAUUUCGCAAAACUUUUAGGCUGUAUUUUGAAAAAUUUGUCAGCUGUGUGCCAUAAUUCAAAAUGAGUGUACUGCUUUUUUCAUGCAGGUUGUUUUCAUAUGAAGAUACUUUUUAUGUAAAGGACAGUAGAUAAAACUUUUUAUUCAUCUCAUGUUUAUUCCUACUUCAAACUGACUGCUUCAGAUUUACUUUGGAUGUAAAUGAUAAACUUGGAGGAAAAUAGAUUACUUUCCUUAAAUAAGUAAUUUAAAGUAAAACCAUUGUCUUUGCAGUACAAAAUACACUGCUAGACACUCCAGGAAAUGGAAAUUCUCAUAUAGGCUUUAUUCAAGGCCCGUGCUAGUCCAUGCUGCCAUUAGUUGGUUCACUUGUGUGUUUCUGAGCUUCAGGUGUCUGUUUGAACUGUAAGAAGUGGGGGCUGGUUGGAGCCUGUCUUUUCUGAACCGUGUCUCCUUUUUUGGGGUGACAGGAAGAAAAUGACAAAACAAACUCUGUUCUGCACGACAGUGAUAGUAUGUUCAUUACUUGUGAACUUAAACAUGAGAACCAGAAUUGUAUGUGGCUCAGUCCUCCUUAUGAUGUCAGUGAAUCUCUUUAGAGCUGGUGUUUGAAAACCUCUUACGUUUGCACUCCUAAAGACCUUGUUCUUUAUGCUUCUUACCACUAGGUGGGAGAAGAAGGUUGUCUAAACUGUGCCUUGGUGUUGCCAACCUAGUUAUCCUUAACCAGAUCCAUUACUUCUUGUGGUAUCCUUGAUUUUAGAGAAAGGAUAUUUCAGUCAAGCUGACGGCAGCUUAUUUUGGUUUAUUUGAGACAUCUUUUGUUGUAAGAAGCAUUUGUCAUGCUGUGUAGUUACAGUUCUAACAUUUGCUUUCCUGCAAGGCUAUUAUCAAGAAUAAUUUUUGAGACAAAAUCAAAAGAUAAAUUCCAAAAGGUGUCAGUCAAUCUGCAUUAUACAGUUAGUUUUGUGAUGUUCAAAUGACUUAAACGUUAUUCUGAAUUUUACUUUUUUUGCAAAUGUCUUGAAUGGUCUCUGGCAAACAUUCCAAAAAAGCUGUUUUGAAUUCUGAAGGAAUUUGUUUCUUUUAAUACAGCCUGAUUUGUGAGAGGUGAUGCAUCCCUUCAAGGGUGAAGCUUAAGUGGUUCGAGCAACUUGCAGUGACGCUUGGCAUAACAGCGUGAAAACUGGCUUAAGAGGGACAGAAAAUGCCUUUUUUUUUUUUUUUUUUUGGUAAAGAAAACUUGAAUGGUAUUGCGUGCUACUGGUAGAAGUGAUGUGUACCUUAAAUACAAAGCUGGAGCAACUUAGGCUGUCAGGUAACAUCUAAUAUUUUGUGUAAUGAUCCUGCACAGUGGGUUUUUGUUUUGGUUUUUUUUGGAUAUAAAAGCUCUUAAUAGGAGUAAAAUUUUGCUCACAUCUUUGUAUACUUUUAAAUAUUUUUCUGAUAUGCCAGGGCAGAUAUUAAAGCUAGGAAGCUCUAAUUUAAUUCAGGAUUAUAUGCAUUUUGACUGCCAUGGCUGAUAUAGCUAUUGUGUUAUCUGUUCUACUUAGUAGAUGCAUGGGUGAGUUAAUAUUUGUACUGCCCAGCACCAUGAUGAGUUACUGCUGGAUGUGAUGUUAAGAGCUAUGUUGCUUGCAGUUCCUUUUUUGCAGGCUGCUUUGUGCCUCUGAAAGGCAUGGCACAGAAUGCGUUGUUGUGUUUUAAAUUCUGACUGUGUAAAAAUCCUUUUGAAAUGUGAAUGGUACAGAGCAUCAUUUGCUGCACAUAAAAUUUAAAAGCAUUUCCUGGUACCAGGGCAACCUCUAAAGUAGAAUUCAUUGUGUUUAAUUAUGGUACACUUAGAAUAAUGCAGCUCAAAUUUGAUAGUUAGCCUGCACUUAUUUAGUUAGUGAUUCCUUUCUUUUUGUUUUCAGGGAGUGCUUUAGUUAGCUGCAGUGUCUCUGAGCAGUGCUUCAGCAAAAGGGGAGUACAGGGAAGUGCUUUAAGCCUGAUUUAUUUGCAGGGGUUGUAUAAACAGCUGUGCAUGUGCUCACACAGACAACCUCAGUGAGAUCAAUACAACACUUACCAUAAGCUAUAUUGCAGUUAUGCCUUUUGCCCUCUCCUUGUCUGUCUGUUGAAAUGAGUAUUGUCAGGAGAACUCGGUUCUAUCUGAGCCUGGUACUGCUUGUGUUCAUUAUUCUGUUUGUAAACAAGUAAAAGCCCUGGCUGCUGGGGGGUCUGUGGGAGGAUUUCCAAUGAUGGAUCAGGAAGCACUGUUUGUAUCUGCACUGGCUAUGAACAUACCAAAAUAUGUUUUUGUUUCAUUUUCAGGAAUUGUGCUGCAGACUAUCACUAAGUAUGUGUGUAAAUACUCUCUGCCAGUUGUGUAGUGUAUCUCUAAAUAAAAUUGUGUUUUUAAAUGUGA